AUGAAUCGGGCAGUUUCUCGCACGGCCAAAUCGGCCGUAGGCCAUCUCCAGGCUCGGUGCGCAUCUAAUAGCAGCAGCAGCAGCAGCUCAUCGGCAGGCCCGCGCCAUCUCAUGUCCAUCAGCGAUCUCAGCCCGGCCGAGUUCAGCAGGCUCGUGCUCAACGCCUCGUCGCACAAGGCCGCCAUCAGGGCCGCCCGCGACGCCGGCCAGCCGCCCCAGUCGCUCUACGGCAAGCUGACGGGCCAGACCGUCGCCAUGAUGUUCAGCAAGCGCAGCACCCGCACCCGCGUGUCGACCGAGGCCGCCGUCACCGUCAUGGGCGGCCACCCCAUGUUCCUCGGCAAGGACGACAUUCAGCUCGGCGUCAACGAGUCACUCCUAGACACGUCUAAGGUCAUCUCGUCCAUGACAUCCUGCAUGGUGGCCCGAGUGGGCCCACACUCGGACGUGGCCGGGCUGGCCGAGCACUCGGCCGUGCCCGUCAUCAACGCGCUGUCCGACGACUUCCACCCGCUGCAGACGAUUGCCGACUUCCAGACGAUCCACGAGGCGUUCCGGCAGCGGCAGCCGCCGUCCGACACCACCAGCCUCGGGCUCGGAGGCCUCAAAGUCGCGUGGGUCGGCGACUCAAACAACGUGCUCUUCGAUCUGGCCACGGCGUGCAUCAAGACGGGCGUCGACAUCGCGGUCGCCUCACCGCCCGGGUACGGGAUCCCGGCCGCGAUGAAGCAGGUGAUCCUGUCCGCCGGUGCUGGCGUAUCGUCGCCGGGGCGUCUUAGCGAGACGACGGUGCCCGAGGAGGCGGUGCGCGGCGCCGACAUUUUAGUCACCGACACGUGGGUGUCGAUGGGCCAGGAGGCCGAGGCGCAGGCGCGCGUGCGCGCGUUCGCGGGGUACCAAAUCACGCGGGCGCUCGCGGAGCGCGGCGGCGCCAAGCCCGGCUGGAAGUUCAUGCACUGCCUGCCGCGGCACCAGGAGGAGGUCGACGACGACGUCUUCUACGGCCCGCAGUCGCUCGUCUUCGACGAGGCUGAGAACCGCGUCUACGCUGCUGUCGCUGCUCUGGAGGCGUUUGUGGUCAACAAGGGAAAGGUUGUCUAA